GUAUUAUGCCGUCUCUUUUCGACGAUGACGAAUGCUACAAUGACGCUGGACUUUCUAUCACGUCUUCUAACCAAAAUGGCGAGUUUAAAAUAAACGCAAAGUUUGCAAAGAAGUACGAAUCAUACCGCGAGAAAGAGGAAUACCAAACACUGAAAGACAGAUUUGGCGAAGACGAUGAAGAUAGUUCUAGUUCGGAAGAAGAGGUCGGACCUGAUGCUAUUGAUGAUUCGCAGUUCCUCAAAGUAAUGACUGCUUUAAGACAGAAAGACCCUUCCAUUUAUGACAAAAAUGUUAAGUAUUUUGACGGAGAACCACCGAGGAAUUCAGAAAACAAGAAGAAACGGAAGGCAAAUGAAGAAUCGAAACCUUUACUGCUUGACGAGUACGAAAGAGAAGUGCUGCUAAGAGAAGAUGGCUCAGAUGAAAGUAACGAAGAAAGCGAAAACGAAACAUCUAAGGCGAAGUUUAAUGGAGAAUCGAAAAAUCUUCUGUUUUACAAUGAUGAACAACGCGCGUUGAAAGAAGAAAUCACCAAAGCUAUUCAAGCUGAAUCUGAUUCUGAAGAUGACAGUUCCUCCUUACUUAUAAAAAAGCCAAAACCUGAUCCUGUAGAUAAAUCUAAAGGGGUUUUCAAACAUUCAAAUCAUGUUGAGAAGGUUAAGAUAUUUUCGGACAAGGAGAAAGAUUUGUUGAAUUUUAUUCUGGACAAAAGUUGUGACUCUGAAAAUGAAUCAGAUGGCUCUGAUAAUAAUCAGGAUGAAAACGAUGACCAUGAUAAUGACAACAGAAAAGUUGUAGAUGAUGAGGAGAGUUUUGAGUCGGAUACUGAAUUUGUUGAAAAUCAAGAGCAGCACGAGGCUAACUAUAACUUCAGGUUCGAGGUCCCAGGAGGCACUGAUAUCAAAUCGUUUCCCAGAAAUGUUUCAGAAACUCUUAGACAAUCCGGGCAAGCAAGUCGCAGUCAGAAGCGACGCGAGGUAAAAGAGAAACGUGAUCAAUUCGAGAACCGUCGCAAGGAGGAUCUAAAAAGGUUAAAGCAGCUGAAAAAGAAAGAGAUCUUGGACAAGAUUGAAAAGAUAAGAGAAAGUGCGGGAACUAAAAACGUCGCAGUCGGCGAGGAAGACUUGGAAUCUGACUUCGACCCAGAUAAACAUGACAAACUUAUGGCGGAAGCGUUCAAUGAUGAGUAUUAUGCAACAAAUGACAAGAAAAAACCUCAAUUUUCGGACAUGGAAUCCGAUAAUUAUGAGGAAAUGUCAAAUACAAAUGGCACUUCGAGCAAAAUAGAAUCAGCCUUGAAAUCAGCUGUUGAAAAACCAGCUUUUAACCCAGAAUUAGAGACUUUUGAGCAUUACUUAGAGAAGAAUUACAGUAUAGAUUUGGAUGACGUUGUUGAAGAAGUUUCUCAAAUCGGCCAAAACGAUCCAAGGCCAAUUAAUGCUCCAGAAAAGCCCAAGUUCAAAUUCAAGUAUCGUGAAACCACUAGUGACACGUUUGGUUUGACAUAUGAAGAGAUCUUAGCCGCCCCUGAUCGGGAACUGAACAAUUGGGUCAGUUUAAAAAAAGCUAGUCAAUACAGAGAUAACAGAGAUGAGGCUUAUGACAAGCGUAAAUUUAGCAAACUUGCAAAUAAUAAGUUCAAAAAAGCCAAAAUUUUUUCAUCUCUUUACAAAGAUCCUAAUGAAGUUCCAGCUGCGACUGCCGAUGAAGAUUUCAAAAAUGGAAUGUCGUUGUUGUUAUCAGAUAUUAAGUUUGCAGCUGAAAAGCAACGCAGGAAGAAAAAGAUGACGCGCGAGAUGAAAACUACUAAAAUUGUGAAAAAAAUGGUUAAAGUGAAAAAGAAGUCUCCUGCAAUUUCUGGUGUGGAUUUGACCGACCAGAGAAUGAAAGCCUUUGGAAUCAAAAACCCAGAUAAGUUCCGUCAUAUUCAGUAUCACAAGAGCAAAGCGAAAAAAGCGACAGAAAAUAACAAGGCGCAACACAGUUUUUGAAUUCAUUCUUUUUACAUAUAGUUUGGAUCCAGUAGGUCUAAUAAAAAUUUC